AUGAAAAAAAACAUGAUGCAUGGACUAUAAUUACACGCCACGCUGAAACUCAAGAAUCCCCAAUAAGUAGAUGGGUAACUUAGGUAUGUAGCUCGUGGGGGGGAGGCGGCCUCCCUACGAAGAAGGUAGCUCGCCCUCGCCACCUGCUUUUUACCUACCCAGCGUUAGGAUCCGUCUGUAGGACGGAUCAAGCAUCAGCAUCAUCCAUGUCGCCUAUCCAGGACAACGUUGCCAUCCAUUCAUCCAUCCAUCCAUCCAUCCAUCCAUCCAAGACGACAAGCCAUCCAUCAACGGCGACAAAGCCAUCCCUUCAAGACGACAAAGCCAUCCAUUCAAGACGACAUGUCAUCCAUCCAAAGCCAGCAUUGUCAGAAACCGUCCAUCCGAGCCUCCCCCCCCCAAUUAUCGUGUGCCCCCGGCCAAUAAAGUCAUCCCAACGCCCCAAGAGAAUCCCCAGCCCCUCGCGCCGAACCGUCUGGAACUCCGAUGUCCCAGGUGGGUAUGCUCCAACGCCUAACAGCCAAGAAAAGAAAAAGGGGGGGCAAAAGGGCAAAGGGGAUGUGUGUGCAUUGCAGAAAGAAAAGGAAAAAAAGGUGAAGACAAACCUUUUCGACGGGUAUCGUUUAUUUUCCGGAAAGAGCACGGCCGCUCCCACCAGCCAGCGCUCGCCUGAAAAAACGGAAAACGCCGAUGUCGCAAAACAAGUUUCCGUUGGUCGUUCGUGUUGAUUUCGUAAACCGCGCUGUUUCGGCGCGUUGA